UCAGCCUUCAGAGGUGUUUUACAGGUGAUUACAGGUAAUACAGUUCAGGCCUAGAAGUCCAAUGAAGUCUGUCUAAGGUGCUAGUGAGUGGCAGAGCGGGGAUCUGAAUGCAGGACUCUGGCUCCAGAGACUGAACUCUGAACUAGCCUGCUGUGGAGUGAGGUGCAUCUUCAUGGAGGAACACGGAGUGACCCAGACUGAACACAUGGCUACCAUAGAAGCACACGCAGUGGCCCAGCAAGUACAGCAGGUUCACGUGGCCACCUAUACUGAGCACAGUAUGCUGAGUGCUGAUGAAGACUCGCCUUCUUCCCCUGAAGACACCUCCUAUGAUGACUCGGAUAUACUCAACUCCACGGCCGCUGAUGAGGUAACAGCCCAUUUGGCUGCUGCAGGUCCUGUGGGAAUGGCGGCGGCGGCUGCUGUGGCAACAGGAAAAAAACGGAAACGGCCUCAUGUGUUUGAGUCUAAUCCAUCUAUCCGGAAGAGGCAGCAAACACGUUUGCUCCGGAAACUUCGAGCUACAUUAGAUGAAUAUACUACUCGAGUAGGACAGCAAGCUAUUGUCCUCUGUAUCUCACCCUCCAAACCCAACCCUGUCUUUAAAGUGUUUGGUGCAGCACCUUUGGAGAAUGUGGUUCGUAAGUACAAGAGCAUGAUACUGGAAGACCUGGAGUCGGCUCUGGCCGAACACGCCCCUGCGCCCCAGGAGGUGAACUCAGAGCUGCCGCCGCUCACCAUCGACGGAAUUCCAGUCUCUGUGGACAAAAUGACCCAGGCCCAGCUUCGGGCGUUUAUCCCGGAGAUGCUCAAGUACUCCACAGGCCGGGGGAAGCCAGGCUGGGGGAAGGAGAGCUGCAAGCCUAUCUGGUGGCCGGAGGACAUCCCAUGGGCCAAUGUCCGGAGCGAUGUCCGCACGGAAGAGCAGAAGCAGCGGGUUUCAUGGACACAGGCACUACGGACCAUAGUUAAAAACUGUUAUAAACAGCAUGGGCGGGAAGAUCUUCUGUAUGCCUUUGAAGAUCAACAGACACAAACACAGGCCACAACCACACACAGUAUAGCCCAUCUGGUACCGUCACAGACAGUAGUCCAGACCUUUAGUAACCCUGAUGGCACUGUCUCGCUUAUCCAGGUUGGCACCGGCGCAACAGUAGCCACCUUGGCUGAUGCUUCAGAGUUGCCAACCACAGUCACUGUUGCCCAGGUGAACUAUUCCGCUGUGGCUGAUGGAGAGGUGGAACAAAAUUGGGCCACGUUACAGGGAGGUGAGAUGACCAUCCAGACGACGCAAGCAUCAGAGGCCACCCAGGCAGUGGCAUCAUUGGCAGAGGCCGCAGUGGCAGCUUCCCAGGAGAUGCAGCAGGGAGCUACGGUCACCAUGGCGCUUAACAGUGAAGCUGCCGCCCAUGCUGUCGCCACCCUGGCUGAGGCCACCUUACAAGGUGGGGGACAGAUCGUCUUGUCUGGGGAAACCGCAGCAGCCGUCGGAGCACUUACUGGAGUCCAAGAUGCUAAUGGCAUCUUUAUGGCAGAUCGUGUAGGUUAUAAGUGGAUUUUACUGACUGACAAGGCCACAGGCCUGGUCCAGAUCCCCGUGAGCAUGUACCAGACGGUGGUGACGAGCCUCGCCCAGGGCAACGGGCCAGUGCAGGUGGCCAUGGCACCCGUGACCACCAGGAUAUCGGACAGCGCGGUCACCAUGGACGGCCAGGCGGUGGAGGUGGUGACGUUGGAACAGUGACCCUGGCCAUCUCAUGGCAUUGUUUUCUAGUCUACUUCAACAUUUUUUACACGUUUGCAGAGGUGCAAUCAAAUGAAAUUAAGUCUCUUGACUUUGGAAGAAAAGUUUUGUUAACCUUUUUUUUUUAAAAGGAAGAAAGGCAGCGGAUUUUGGAAUUGCAUUUUUAAAGCACCACUCUUGAUUUUCCGGGAUUGGUGGAGUGAGAAACUGCAUUGUCAAUUUCACUGUCCAAAAAAGCCAAAUUGUGGCAGGACUCCUUUCUGCGGAAACGUGUGUGUAUACUUAUGUGUGUGUAUGUGUGAGUGUGAAUAUAUGUCUAUGUGUACAUAUGGACAUACACAUUUACAUAUAUGUAAAGUAUAUAUAUAUAUACAUAUAUUUGUAUGAAACCCGCAUGGAAUUAUCUGUAUGAAAUCAAGGUGAGCUGUGGAAACAGUAAUUCACCCAGUUUAGUGGGUGGUAGGGUACGUGGCCAGACACAGUCUCCCAGCUUUUGUUCAUACCAGGGUCAUACGUUGAGCUACUGACAAACUCAGGCAGAGGUGACCAUGCCCUUCACCAAAGCUGCCUCCAGUGGCCACCUGGAACUCCCUGUUGGACUUGCCUGGGGAAGGGGGCUCCAGAAUGGCCGGUGUGGGCGUGUGCUUGCCAGGCCGGGGCUGCGAAGCCUGCCCGCUGAGAUGCCCCUCGGGCUGGCCCAGGUGCUGACCUUGCCACAGGAGAGGAAUGUCCUGGAAGCUCUAGGCAGGGACAAGAGGGUCUCCUCAGCCCCCCAUCUCCUCCCCUUCCCAGGAUGCCUCUUGAUCUCAUGACCAUUAAAAUGUUGGUCUGGUUCUAAGGUCAGUCCUGAACUGGUCGUGUAUAUGAACUGAAGGUAACAGAAGUAUUAAGGGUCUGAGGAGCGCGUGUGUGAGUGGCUCAUGGCUGUGCGCGUGCGUGAGCAAGCUAGUGGGUGCGUGCGUGCGUGCGUGUGCUUGUGGGUAGGGGAGAAUGGGAGGGGGCAGGAGAGGUUGGAAGGGAGAUGAAGGAGAGCAGUCCUCUUAGGCCAGGGUAUGACUGGGAGCAGGCUUCUCCAGCUGGUGGGAGCUGGACAGAGGAGACGCUACAACAGAGAGGAAGAGCCUGGGUGUGGCCAUAGCGCCCUGACUGUGCUUGGCCUCGUGAGAACAGGGCCUGGCCUGAUUAGUACUUGUGGGGCGGAGGGGUGGCCUGGCUCGGGGAAGGUGGCUCUCACAGUGGGGUAUGUGGAAAAGGACUCAGGUGUUUCUGGACUGCCGGCUCAGGCCCUCUUCACAAGGGACCCACCAGGCCUGUAUCUGGUAGCCUGGGGCACCCACUGGGGCCUCAGCCCAGGCAUGUCUCCAUGGCCAGACCCCUGCUCCUGAGUACAGGGACAGCUCUUUUCCUCCUCCUGGCCCCCGUGUGUGAUAGUGUAUUUAAUGUGGUUUUUUAAUGCGACAUUAAAAGAUUCCUCAUGUCUUGCUCAGCCUUUGAGAAAAGUUUCAGAUUCUUGUAUUUGCUUGUUUUAUAUAAAACUACCCAAUGUUCUUUGUAUGUUCUUUUCUGUACGUAAUGGGGGGAGGGAAGGGAAAUUUACAUAUAAAUAGUCCUAGUUCUACAAUUUGUUAUUUUUUUAAUUAUUAUUUUUUAUCGUCAUUGUGAAGCUGUCCAGGGGCUUUAAAGUCCGUGUUCCUUUAUGGUGAAAUAACCUCCUCAUAGUUUGAGAAAUUGCCAAGAAGAAGAAAAAAGCAAACCCCGUAGCAGAGCAUGGAUUCCGUGUUGUUUUCCAUUCUGUCUAUUACUGCCUCGUUCAAUAAAUAGUUAAAAAUGUGGCAA